GAAGAAUGUAAACAAAAAAAAUAUCGAAGGGGAAGAUGGAAAGAAAUACAUGAUUUGAUAGGAUAAAACGAUCGACGAUGACCAAAUACGCCGUAGAUGCAAGUAAACCAAGACGCAUGCCGCUAGGAAUGCUUACUUUGCAUAUUCAUACAGUAUGCUGUUGAGUGCUGUUUAUGUAUUAUGCGUGAUACACGCGUAUUUAGAUCAUUUCUGGUCGACAUCAUGAAUCUUUUAGGAAUCAUUUCAUUCAUUUAAUCUAGUUGGUUUAGCAUCAGUAUGAUUUCAUCAAGAGCCAAUACGGCAACAGUCCCUGAACUUGAACUGGUUCUUGCUUCAGACCCCGAUGUGAUCAAGCAAGUUUGGAUUAACAAUAAAGUUCAUUUCGCACCUUACGCAUCUGAUGAGGCAUGGCUAGAAAAAUCCAGGAUUAGGACUAACGUGGACCUUGGACCUGGUAUGGGGCAUAGUAUUUGGGUACUUGUCCCAAGGGGCAAAGGCAAUGAUCCCACUAGCAUUUUAUCUGCUGCUCACAUCAUCCUCAGACCUGGACUUAUCUCUAAGAUUACCUCGAAAGCAACAAGUGAACUGCCAACAAACAAGGAACUCAAUGCUCAGGAAUUAAAACACAGCAAUACGCAGCAUAUUUUGGCUAGCCAGCAGAACGGCCAUUUGACAGAGUCCACUCAUGAAUUAAAAGAAAUCGCGGUGGCGUAUGUUCUUCUGGUAUUUACGCCAAUCGAGCAUAGAUCUCGUGGAUUUGCCAAUGCAAUGCUCAGGAUGGUUAUGGAUAAACUCAAGCAUCAGACAGAUCCUGUCGUCGAUCUUUCGUACUUAUUCUCAGCAAUUGAACCUACAUUCUACGCAAAUCUAGGUUGGCAAAUGAUGCGAUCGCGUGAAUUGGUGUUGGAUCAACUGAAGAGCCAUGUCUUUCCUGAUCUUCCUUUGGUUGAUGCUUCCGCUGCUGGUGCAAAAUACCGGAUCAAUAAUGUUACUGAGUCUGACCUCAGAGAGAUUGUUAAUGAAGAUGUGGAACUUCUUCGAUCUGAAAUGGCCAAAUGCACUCUUGAGGCGCCUCGGGGCCAAAACCUUCAUUUUGUUACCAUUCUUCCACAUGAAGAAGCAUUCCGCACACAUUUUGAGAUGACCCGUUAUUCGAACCUCCAUAUAGACCAUAUUAAUCGGCCGAUAACAAGAAUCGGGGUGCGCUUGGUCUCUAUCGACGAGCACUACAAGGGUUUGGAUGCAUUUGUCAUCUGGACCUAUAUUCCAUCAAGCAGCCGUAUAUGCAUUCUCCGAUUAAGAUACCAAACAGUACAUCAGCUGCAGUGCCUUCUCAGAGAGGCCAUGAAGGAGGCACAGGAAUGGGGGUUCUCUAUGGUAUCUGUAUGGGACUUAAAUGACAAAGACGCUCUCGCUGCCACUGGCAUGUUUAACAGAGACCGCACCAGCUGGUGGCUCUGCGUUGCACAAAUGGAGCACGAAAACUUUGGCGGAAGCAUUACUAUGGUUGCAAAUGGAGCCUAUACUUGGGGCCUUUAG